AUGCCUAGUAAGAAUACAGCAAUAAAGAAAGCUCAACAAGCUACGGCACAAGUUCAAGCACAAACUUCAAAAUUAAAUGAGAAAUCUACUACAACUUCAACAACCAAUUCCACAUCAGGUAUAAAAACUCAAACAAAACCAAUAACUUCAACAUUCAAUGAAUUAUCAUUAGCUUUGAAAACCACCACAAACGAUUAUUUUAAAAACUUAACUCCAAAAUUAAAAUUAAUUGAUAUUUUUUUAGUAUUUUUAGUGAGUUUAGGUAUAUUACAAUUUAUAUACGUUUUAUUAAUUGGUAAUUUCCCAUUUAAUGCAUUUUUAGGUGGAUUUUCAAUAUGUGUUGGACAAUUUGUUUUACUUGUUAGUUUAAGAUUACAAAUUAAUGAUGAAUUGGAAAAUAAAGAAGAAGAAGAAAUUAUUAUUGAUUUAAAAAAUGAACCAAAAGAUGUAAAUAUUAUUGAUAUUGAAAAUGAAGAAGAUGAACAUUCGGGAAAAAUAUUUAAAUAUAUUACACCGGAAAGAUCAUUUGGUGAUUUUAUUUUAGCUAGCUUGAUUUUACAUUUUAUUGUUAUUCAUUUUAUAAAUUAG